CUCAAGGUCUGCGCGCCAUGUCGCGAGAGGAAGACGAAGUGUGAUGAAGCCAAACCUUUCUGUGGGCGAUGUAGAAGGUUGGGGCUGCAAUGUGCGUAUAUCGAAACCGUCACAUCAAAGAAGAAUCUCUCUGUAACAGAGUUGAAUGACACACUGAAGCGCAUGGAAGCCAAGCUGGAUGCUCUGAUGGAGAAUGCGCAGGAUCCUCGAACCACUGCAGAUGAGCAGCCGCGUUCACAGAAUCAUCAUCCCACGAUGAUUGAGAAUUGUGACCCAAUGGAAGUAGUAAGCCCGAUGAGCGUGUUUUCGCCCUCAAAACUGGGAUCGGUCCAGAUCCGGCAGGAACUCGCCAUCCCGGAAAAGCACUACACGGCACCGCAGCAUCUCCUAUCAUGGCCUUGCUCUCCACUCACUCUGGCGGAGCUUGAUCUACGAUAUCCAGUCGCGUUGGAGAUCCAGCGGCCCAAGAUGCGCAGGGCUCGGGCACCCCCACGGUGCCUUGCUGGAACUUCCUCACAAGGUCAAGAUUGGCUAUCCAACCUAUCGCUAGCACAGUUGCGUGACCUAGCCGACUCUUACUUCAGCCAUUUCCAUCCUCAAUACCUUGUGUUGGAUGAAGACCGAUUCUACAGCCAUCAUCUCAACCAGGCUCUCAGGGUAGGGUUUGCUAGCAGUCUCGAUAGCUGCCUGGUAGCACUCGUCCUCUCUCUCGGCUCAGUAGCUGCGUGCCAGACCGGUAAAACGGAAUGGGCCCAGUCUGACUCCGCAGAGUCCAUGUUAGAGCAUGAGGCUGGCCUCGGCUUCUUCACUAUUGCGUGUAGUAUGUUUCAAGAUGUUGAAGAAACGGACUGGGUGGGCGUCCAGUGUCUUUUGCUCAUGGCGCAAGCGAAACUAGAAGCACACCACUGCCAGCUAUACUGGAUUGCUUAUCUGCAAGAAAGUCAGAUCCUUGUGGAGUAUGACUUCCCGCCCAGUGGUUUGAGUAGUCUCGAAGGUGCAGUGCCCUUGCCACUACUUCCGGACUCUGGUGCAGACUCUCAAGGUAAAGACAAUCAGUUCUUCUUCUUGGCACUUGUUGCUAUGAGGAGACUCCUAAACCGGAUACAUUUUCACUUAUACAAUAAAGGUAAUGAGGCCCUAUGGUCUGAGUCUCAUUGCGAGAGAGUGCAAUCCCCCUCACACUCCAUCGUGGGGGAACUAAAUCGUCAGAUUGAGGAGUGGAAGGCAUGUCUUCCAGCCGACCUCCAAUUCGAGACGCUCCCGCUAGCCGAUGAAGUCGAACUACUGUCUCCUCGUUCACUCAGACCAAUGCGACAAAGAUUGAGAGGACACCUCAAGGCACGCUACUGUGCCGCAAAGACGAUCCUCUACCGGUCUCACGUGUAUCGCUGUCUCCAUCCCUCGGGGUCAUCCGCCCUAUCCGACGAAGACGUUCAAGGCGCAAAGAUUGCAAUUUCCUCCGCCAUCAUCGGGGUGUUGCAUGGUGGGAUCCUCCAGGAACCAUUCGGACUCCUUCUUUUCCCCAUCAAUUCUUGGAGAAUGCUUUUCGGAAUCCAGAUCCAGAUUGAGCUCAUCCUGCACAACGAUGAGCUGUCGACAGUCUUGCUGCCAGAAGGCUGGCAAAUCACGCUUCAGGCUCGGGAGAUUGUAGCCGAGGUGGCAUCUCGAUUUUCACCGACGAUCGCUAGGGACUGCGAGAUUCUUCAAAUGCUAUCUUAG